AUGGUUGUCGCCGCGUUUGUCCACCCACUGCAGGCCGCCGUGCGUCACGCCCAGGAGCGCGGGCAGCGGGCGAGGGGAGCACCAGGGCGGGCAGCAGGAGCGCGGGCAGCGGGGCAGCAGCGCCGGCCUCAUCAACGGUUGAGGCCUUCACAAGCCAGGGGGACGGCAGCAGGCGAGCAGCAGGCGAGGGGAGCACCAGGGCGGGCAGCAGGAGCGCAGGCAGCGGGGCAGCAGCGCCGGCCUCAUCAACGGUUGAGGUUGCAGUAUCGCCCCUGCCACCACACUCCACUCGAGCCCACUCCCCCUCAGGCCUUCACAAGCCAGGGGGAGGGCAGCAGGCGAGCAGCAGGCGAGGGGAGCACCAGGGCGGGCAGCGGGGCAGCAGCGCCGGCCUCAUCAACGGUUGAGGUUGCAGUAUCGCCCCUGCCACCACACUCCACUCGAGCCCACUCCCCCUCAGGUUCAGGCCUUCACAAGCCAGGGGGACGGCAGCAGGCGGGGAAGGCAGCAGAGGGAUCACUGGAGGAGAAGGGGAGGGGAGGGAGGGAUGAGGCAACAGCCCUGCUGGCGGCUCUUCAUCUGCCAGUUAAGUCACUCUUCCUCAUAAUCCUUCAGUUUGUUUUCUUGUUAGUCAUGCCAACUCACUUACUCUUACUUCCCCCCUUUCUUCCCUCCUUACCAGAUCGCUCGGAAUGCUGGGAGGAGGGCUGCCGUGCAAGGGAGUAA